CAUUGCGAUGAGUCAUCACGAAAUACCUUAAGAUUGCACCACAUUGCCAAACAAAAUGAGUUGUUAUAACAACUCGCUUCCCGAUUUCUCUGCCAUUCAAUAUGAGUACUGCAACCAAUUCAGAUUUACCAAAGCAAUCAGUUCCCGCAGAGGAGGAGCUAUGGUCGAAUUACGAGACCAGCCUCAAAAACGCCUAUGAAGGCGAUCGCAUUGAUCAAGUUCAUGCCACUGGGAAUGAACCGGACAGCCUGAUCGAAAGCAAUUGGGACGAGGUGUGCGAGAGCUUCGAUGAGAUAAACCUCCGCGAGGAGCUUCUCCAUGGAAUCUACGCUUAUGGUUUUGAGAAACCUUCGGCCAUUCAACAACGAGCCAUCGUGCCCUGCGUCAAGGGACUGGACGUGAUUGCCCAAGCUCAAUCCGGUACGGGUAAGACGGCUACAUUUUCCAUCGCCGUCCUGCAACAGAUCGACACGUCGCUCUCCGCCUGCCAGGCAUUGAUCAUGGCCCCUACUCGGGAGUUGGCGCAACAAAGCCAGAAGACGCUCUUGGCGCUGGGCGACUUCAUGGGCGCUAAGUGCCACGCCUGCGUGGGCGGCACGUCCGUAUCCCAGGAUAUUCGAAAACUGGAAGAGGGUCAACAUGUUGUCGUCGAGCGAAUCCUGGUGAAGAAAGAAGAGCUCACUCUUGAGGGAAUUCGCCAAUUCUACGUAUAUGUAGAACAAGAGGAUUGGAAGAUGGAUACCUUGUGUGAUCUCUACGAAACGCUCACCAUCACUCAGGCCGUCAUUUUCUGCAACACCCGCAGGAAGGUGGAUUGGCUCACCGACAAGAUGCACGAGAGGGACUUCACUGUCUCUGCAAUGCACGGCUACAUGGAUCAAAAGGAGCGUGAUGUUAUUAUGCGGGAGUUCAGGUCCGGAUCGUCUCGCGUCUUGAUCACGACAGAUUUAUUGGCUCGCGGUAUUGACGUGCAACAGGUCUCCAUGGUUAUCAAUUAUGACCUUCCCACUAACCGAGAGAAUUAUAUUCAUAGAAUUGGGCGUGGUGGCCGAUUCGGUCGUAAAGGAGUGGCGAUCAACUUUGUCACCGAAGAUGAAAAGCGAACCCUUCAUGAUAUUGAACAAUUCUACAACACCCGCGUUGUAGAGAUGCCCAAUAACGUAGCUAACCUGAUAUAACCUGCAGCUCGUCUUGAAAAUGUAGUGAUUCAGAAAUCAGCCCCUAAAACUGACACAUGACAUUUUUUAUGUGUUGGAUAAGAAACUCAACUUGUUAUAUAAUUGCAGCGGUCAUGUGCUGUACCUGGUGAAAUUGACAUAGUAUUUUCUUCAGUAUACAAUAAGACGUGUAAUAAUCUGCUUACUAUCGUUUGCAAAUGAAACCAAUGUCCACCGUACCCCCCAACAUGAUUGGUUGUUUUGGCCAGUAUUCCAUGGAACACUCAACUCUCAAAUUAUCGCAUUCACGAUAAUUAACAAAAGCAAAGCCCCAACUACCCACUAGUUAUUGUAAUUUGUUUGUCUCAUAUGAAAAUGAAAAAGAUGGGAAAUGAAAAGAAAGAUUGUGCGUAGGUCGUAACUUCCUCCGCAAUGAGUUGUCCUCUACCAGUUUAUGACUAGGGGAAAGGGGUGCAGCAAUGUAAGAAAUCUUGACUUCGGCUCAACAAGUGGAUUAUUCGCCAUUGCCCAUUUUUAUCAAGUGUAUUUGCUACCUUCCAUUUCACCGUUUCAAAUGCCAUUUUCAAUGAGAAAUGCUCAAACAUUGAAUAAAUUCAAAUGACUUGUUAAAAUUCUAUAAUUCAAGUUAUCUGAGAUCAUCAAAGCAUUUCUUUCUCAUUCUUACUGUUUUUUCUUUUCAUCUUGCUCAGACUUAAAGAACGAGCAUUUUUUGUUUGAUUUUUGGGACUUCUUUCCCGCUCCUGGAAGUGCAACCCCAAGCAGAUUCAAGAUGAAUAAUUCGUAAUUCUUGUUUAAUUUUAUAUUCAUAUGAUAUCUGGAGAACCUUUGAAUCUAGGUUUGAUCAGGAAUUUAUCUCAAAAACUUGUCAACGUUUGACUUAAAACCAGCCAAUGGAUCAAGGUUCAUGUAUUCCCUACGCAUUCCCUACACAAAUUGAACAAUGAAGGAGCCCGAUGCCUCUAAAAAAAAUUGAACAAGUCUACUGAGAAAACAAUCGAUCCCCAUUCAUUUCAUGUGCAUUUUGAUUUAUUUUAGUAAAAUCAAUGAUCAUGUUAGCACAAUCUUAAUUGGCAUUUUAAACGCUGGUCUGAUGGAUCUUCCAUUCACAACUUUUUGCCCAUGUUUUUAUCCUCGUUGCUAUGAUCACUUUUGGUUUCAGUUGCUAAUCCAUUUGACAUUGUUGGCUUUCGCUGGACUUUUUUUGUCAUUUUUACUUUAUCUGCCACUUCUUGGUUCAUUUACCAAUUUCGUUGAAUUUUUUUGGCCAUAAAAUACUUAUUUUCUUAGCUGGAAAAAUACAUUCACCUUUACGACGAACAUUUUUUUAUUUACCGGUUCAUAACUUACAUGCAUACAGUACAGUCAUUUCCGGUGCAGUGUGUACUUACACAAGCCGGAGAAUUGAAAUGCCACUUGGACGCUACCACCAUCCAGGUAUUCAGUGCCAAUCUUUGCGACUGGUUCCCGCUUUCGGCUGAGAAAGCUUUUCCCUAUUUUCAAAGGCUUUCCUGGUCUCUAAUGACAACCUUGCCAUCACGUUGAGGCUAGCUUUGGGUCAUGUUAUGGCGAAAAAGAAUGAGCCCUAUUGAUUUUCGUGACUCAGGCCCCAUGUUCAGUCUAGCCAUUUUGUUGGAAGGUUAACGAAACGAUCCUCAAAUGUAAGGAUGAGUGGAGAGGGUGUAUUUGAUUAUGAUGCUAUUCGUCAGUCCUGUUGGCAAACGUGUGACAAUGACCCUGGGGCAUUUCCCAUGGACCUUGGCAAAGUGCCUGUCUACAGAGACCAGAACACUCGGGCAGCCUUUUACAACAUCACUACGUUCUUCGGAUGCGUGGAAAAUUGUGAAGAUACCUAUGUAGUGAAAAGAGUCACGAUCAUCGCACCUGCAGUGGCAUUAGCUCUUCUCCUUCUGGGUUUGUUGCUGCUCUGUUGGUUUUGCAAAGGAUGCUUUUGCUAUAGAUGGAGAAAGAGCAGAGAAAAAGUUCGACAGUUGAGUUCAAGCUCUACUAGUUCCACUUUGGACUUUCCUUCGUCUUCAUUGAGUGCAUCCACAAACAGCCCAAGAAAAUCAAUUCGUGCCAAUGAUGAUUCUUACAUCAAUACCUCGAAUAAUAACAAGAAGGACAGCAAGAGCAGGAAAUACUCCAAAGAAGAGGGGUCUUUCACGUCCCAAUGGUCUGGUCGUGGCAGCAUCUUUGGAAGCGGCGGAAAUCGCAAUCGGUCUCAGAAGAACAGGAAACUCUUGGAACACCCGCCAACGGAUAUGAACGCCAGUUUGAGAAGUAACGUGUCGGUGAACUCGUGGGUGAAUGAAAAUAAGGGAUCUCGAAGGUCCAUGUUCCUGGCCACGGCCACUAAGUUGGGUCGGAAGUUGGCGGAUUUAGACAAGAGGAGCGAGGAUAUUAUUGAGAAACGGAACCAACAGCGACGCCCACAACGAACCAAUAGCGAAGGACGCAACGAGGGCAACGAUGAUGAUAGGAACAGCAGAGCAUCGAAAGACAGUGUUCGUAGCCAAAGAAGUCGAAGGUCAAGGAGCCUUCAUAAAGAUGGUAAUCAAAGCAAGCAAGGGAGUGGAUCAUCUCGGAGAAGUAAAGGAAGUGGAACCACGUCGAGGCUUGAACAGCCCAAGAUGAGGUUUUGAUGAGUUGGUUGGUUGGGCCAUCCAUUGGUUUGUUCCAACGUGCCUUUCAGAAAUAAAAAAAGAAGAUUCGAUUUACUCAUUUCAAAGUGACACUAGUUCAGAUUUUCUCUCAAGCAUCCUGUGUAAAUGUAUAAUUGGUUUUCAAUAAUAAUGUCUUUUCAAGUU